AUGAUUUACAAUACGAGUCGAGUCAACUGUUCAACAGCCAUUAGCGACUACUAUCAGACGGUACAUUUACUGGAUGUCCGAAGUGUUACUAACUUUGUAGACCACUAUUAUGGCCUUGCAAUCUUUCUUCUAUGCAUCAACAUCAUUUUACCAUUCCUGACCGUCCUGGGAAACCUUAUAGUGAUACUCACCGUGUUUGUCUACCGACAAUUGCGAGUUCCGGCUAAUCUUCUUAUAGCUACUCUUUCUGUUUCUGAUUUAUUAACAGGGCUGAUUGCCCAACCAAGUCAUGUUAAUUACCUUUUAAGGGCUAUUCAGCACAAUACAAAACCUUGUUACGAUACUUCUAGCAUUUUUUUCCAUACUGUAGCUUUCUUGACGAUUACUGCUAGCAUCACGUGUCUCGGUCUUAUAACCUAUGAUAGAUACAUAGCCAUUGUUCAUUCCUUGAGAUAUGUUACUAUCAUGACCUUGUCCCGUACGAGACUCGCUAUUCUGUCCCUAUGGAUCAUCAGUACUAUGAUGGCGUCAACAGUUUAUCUUCUCUCUCCUMUCUUCCAAGAGGUUCGCUUCCUGUCCUACACAUACGGGAUACUACUCUGCAUCUUCAUAAUCGCUAUCUACGCCAAACUUCAUCGCAUUUCACGAAAACAUGCACUCAGAAUUAAAAAUGAACAAUCGUCCAUCGGCCGUAACAAAGAAAAUAAACUCGAAAGACGUUCCUUGAUAACUAUUUCUAUGGUAAUCAUGUCUCUGGCUUUCAGCUUUCUUCCGCAUAUCCUGCUCGCAGCGAAGAUGAGACUUGACAAGAGUAAUCUCCUAGCACAAGACGUUGCCAAACAGUUUACUUUAACAGUGAUUCUAAUGAACUCCACUAUUAAUCCUUUAUUGUACUUUUUUAGAAGUCCAAAGUUGAGGAAUUAUAGCCGAAAACUGUUCACUAAAGGAAGCACUGGUGGAGUACCGGUGAUUCCCGCGUUCGUGGUGUCGUAUAUGAGAAGAGUCAGUUCCACGAAUUAG